AUGAAUCAUCGUCAAAUGUUUCGAUAUCAACAACUUCCGAAAGCUCGUGAUCGUUUUCAAAACGAAGAUGAUCUCAAAUCCCUUCGAAGUUUUAAAACAGAUUUUUCGAAUUAUCUUGCGAGUGAUACGAAUUUUUUAAACGUCGCUGAAAUUAUGACAAGUUAUGCAUAUGGAGAAAGUAAUAAUGAUAAUGAAAAAGAAAUUCAAUGUGAUUUGUUAACUGAAAAUGGAGGAAUGGAAAUUGAUCCAACGAGAUUAUCAUACCAUGAGAGAAUAAGAUAUCAUCUUCAACAAUUUUGUUAUAAAACUUCAAGCCACGGAAUUCCAAUGUUAGGACAAGCACCAAACUCGCUAUAUCGGUAUGAAUUUAAUUUGAAAGCUACACUUCUUUUCCAGUCAAACAUUUUUUUCAGUUUUGCCUGGCUCUUUCUUUUAACUAUUUGCGCCGCACAAUUUGUUAACCAAGCUUACGCCGUCGUUAAAAAAUACAACAAAAUGGACAAAAUCACAGACAUCCAACUGAAAUUUGAUUCUGCCCCAUUUCCAGCAAUCACUUUAUGUAAUCUUAACCCAUAUAAAGAUAGUAUAAUUCGCUCUCAUGAUAGUAUCAGUAAAAUAUUGGGUGUUUUCAAAAGUAUGAUGAAAAAAGCAGGAGAUAAUAGUGCUGAAGUUCAAGAUGAUGUUGAAGUUGGAGAUAUCACUAUUCAAACUGGAAGAUUCAGAAGAGCUGCGGAUGGAACGAAAUUUGAGCCUGUAGGUUCAGUAAUUUUUUGAAAUAUCAAAAGUUUUGAUAUUUUCAGGCGUACUCAAAUUGUAAUUGUAAUGAAGAAAACUCCAAAGAAGAAUGUGAACACGAAGAUGGAGAGCCUAAAGGCGAAGGAUCUUUGUGUGUUUGUGCAUAUGAUCGAAUGAGUGGCGAUGCUUGGCCUUGUCAUCAAAAACAUGUUUGGAAAAAUACAACCUGUGUUGAAUGUGAUGAUCACAAUUUCUGCAGUAAAAAACCAACGAAGAAAAAUACUAACAAAAAAGGUGAAUAUUUCUCUGGUUUUUAUUGAAAAUUCCGCUCAAAAACAAAAAAAAAUGCAAAAAAGCCGUUCCGUCGAGCCGGAUUCGAACCAGCGACCUAAGGAUACCCACUGACUCUACAGUCCUCCGCUCUACCAACUGAGCUAUCGACGGUGGUGUUUCUGCAUGCUUCUUUUUCAUACAUAUCUAUCUCUUCUCCCUUUUCCUCUCUGUCUCUUUCUUUCACAUUCUUUUUUUGCAGGCGGUCGGAGGACAGAGAAGACAAACACAAAGUUACCUUGCUUAUGUGUGAAGGCUGGACCAAAAGAUUGGUGUGUUGGAACAAAAGAUAUCACUUCGUAUUUGAAUUUGUGGGAAUUGGGAGAAAUUGAAGAGGUGUUCUCGGAUGUGACUCCAGAAGAACGAGAAGCUUUGGGUUUUGGAAAUAUGACUGAUGAAGUAGCAAUUGUGACAAAAGCUAAAGAAAAUAUUAUUUUUGCCAUGAGCGCUUUGAGUGAAAAUCAAAGGUGA